UUUGGUGACGUUGCUGCCUUCCAAUUUCCCGCCGGCCACAUCGAGCGACUUUUCCAUCCUGUGUGUGCUCAUUCACCAGUGAGACGCGCUCGUCGCCACUCGUAAUCCCGCGCUAUCUAUCCACAUCAUCCUCUUGGGGAUAUUCCUAAAUUCACCUUGUCUUGUGUGAGAUUCCUUGACGCCCCCGGGAGUUUAAUUUGUGCCACUGUGUCCUUUCUUCCGGGGCAUGGUGUUCAUGCUGUUUGAAUUUUUCGUGGACAAUUUAAAUUUAAAAUAAAAAAAAGAGGAAAAAGUGAAGUGAAUUUAAUGUGAAAGUCUCUCUCUAAUUAAACGGGAUUAUCCCCUGCAAGGAUACAGUGCAAAAGGACUUACUGCUAAUCCGCGAAUUUUUUUGUCGUGCUCUCCUGAGGAGUUUAGCAUUUUCAAAAAGAAAAGAAAACGGACAAUAUAGGUGUUUUCAGAGGAUUGUUGAAAAAGUAUGGAGGAUCCUCACUUGGCAGAUGAAUACGUGCAGGAUUUUGUGCUGGAACAUCUCGAGGACACAGACGUGAAACGAGAAGACCCCAGCCCACCGACGACAAAGAUUUCUUGGACAACUGUUGUUGAGGAGGAACCUGAACAACCACCAAUUCACAUGAAGCUCCGCUCGUUGACGGCACAGCAACAUGCUGGUCAUAUAGCCUGGCACCACGAUAAGCGUCGCCUGCAGACGCUCUCACCACCGCCGGAAAUGUACGGUGGACCCAUGGCUGCGGGGCAACCAGUGUUGGUCAAUGCCGCCGUUGCAGGUGUCCCAACAACCCCACCCGAAACGCCACCUGGUACAGGUUCUCCACACCCAGCAUGUGCUCAAGGGUACACAGGACAUUAUGGAGUACAACGGCAGAGUAAUGGUCUCAUGGAGGACAUGAUGUUUCUACCUGAAGCAAUGCGCAUGGAGCAACCGCUUGAUUUGCGCCACUUGCACUGCGAUGAGGUUGAUUGGGAGCGUCGUGGGUACAUUCAGCCCAAUGAGGGUGGCAUGGCGGGUCCACCAUUCAGUAUCCAGCACCACCAUCUCACGCACCUUGAGCACAUUGGACCCCUCCAUGGGGGAUCGUAUCAUCAUCAGCACAGCCACAUGACGAGGCCCCACAGUGGCAGCUCAACGGGCACAACGGUCGUCUCACCGCGACAAUCUACUGGGCAGAAUAGCACAAGCAGUAGCAGUGGCAGUAAGGAUGACGAUGAGAUUGAUGAUGAUCUCCUCAUGUCACUCACAGUGCGGGAGCUGAAUAAACGCCUUCAUGGGUUCUCGCGGGAAACCGUUGUGCGGUACAAGCAGAAACGGCGAACGCUCAAAAAUCGCGGAUAUGCCCAGAAUUGUCGCUCAAAGAGGCUGCAGCAGCGUCAGGAUCUGGAAUUGACCAAUCGCACCCUCCACAGUGAACUGAAUCGAAUUAAAAUGGAAAUGGAACGACUACGGCAAGAACGGGAUCAGCUAAAGCAGAUGCUAAUGCCAAUUGGACAUACGCAGGCUGGUGGUGGUGGCGGAGUACCUAAUGGUGCAACACCACAGAAUGGGAAUCUUCAUUCAGAUGGCACCGGAUCACCCUCACCGGAGUUCUAUCUAUGACGUCAAGCCAGUGGACACAAUCACUGGCCAACAAGAUACUAAAGAGAAAAAAAUAAGUUCCCCAACAAACAGGUAAACCUCUGUUUCUUUUUAAAGAAAAAAAACCUUCCCUAUCUGUAUAGCCCCAUCAUGUGCAUUCUUCUUCUAAAGAUGUAAAUUAAAUCAAAUAAUUCUUUUUUU